AUGAUAACACUCAGUGUAGUUCUCUUCAGAGGAAUUGAAGUAUAUGUCUAUGUUUGUGUCUUUGAGAAUAUGAGACUUGUUACGUUGCCAUGGCAAUCACCUAUUACAUGGUGGAUAUCGUUUCUAGCAUUUGAUUGUGGAUAUUACUGGUUUCAUAGACUAGCUCAUGAAAUCAGUAUAUUUUGGAUGGUUCAUCAAGUUCAUCAUAGUUCUGAGGAAUGUAACUUAUCAACUACUUUAAGACAAUCCAGUUUGCAAACGUUUUACUUCUUUUGGUGGGUGUAUUUACCACUGGCGUUAGGAAUACUGCCCACACAUUAUUUAGUUCAUAAACAACUGAAUCUGUUAUAUCUUUGGAUCCAUACUGAGGUAUUGUCUACAACUGGACAAACCAACUUUGGACCAUUGGAAUAUAUUCUUAGCACACCAUCACAUUACAGAGUACAUCAUGGUCGAAAUCGUUAUUGUAUUAACAAAAACUAUGCUGGUGUAUUAAUUAUUUGGGAUAGAAUGUUUGGUACAUUUGAACCUGAAGGUGAUAAAAUAUAUUAUGGUCUAGUUCAUACUAUAAAAUGUUUUAAUCCUUUCUGUGCUCAGGUAAGUCCAUUAUAUUUAUAUAUUGCUAAAAAAUUUUGGUCCAUAAAUGGAUUACAUAAUAAAUUGUAUGUAUUAAUAAAAGGACCAUCAUGGUCCAUAGGUAAACCACGUCUUGGAAAUCUUGAAGAUGUCCCUGAAGUUCCUAAUGAUACAAUCCCUUAUAAUCCUGUUGUUCCUUGGUGGGUCAGUAUUUACGCUUUUAUCCACUUCAUGAUACUAAUAAUAUUUUUACACAGUUCUACGUUGUUAACAGCAAG